AUGAUAAAUAAUUCAUUAAUCAAAGUACAAGUCUAAGAUUACACAUCUCCAACGAAACCUUAGAGAAGAUUAAUUUACUAAAGAAUUAAACCAUAUAUGGAAGCUUAUGGACUAUCUCCUGAGUUCUUUGAAAUCAAAGGUAAAUCAGUUGUAUUCAAAACUAAUAAUCCUAAUAAUUAAACCUACUUAAAUAAAAGUGUUGUAUCAAUCCGAUCAAAUAAAAAGAAACCAAAAUAAAAAAUCUCUCUUAAAAGACCUUAAACAGCAUCAAUAUAAUUGCCUAAUAAUGUUAUAUUACCUAUAUCUAAUAAAUAUGCUAAUAUAUUCAAUGAAAUUAAAAGCAAUCAAUCAAAACCCUAAGUUUAAAUUCCUUAAAAGGCUGAAAAAUCAUUAAUUUUGGAAGAAGAUGCAGAAGAAGUAUCAGAUUCAAGUUUAAUAAAAAAACAUGAAAUGAUCUUAAAAGAUAUAGCUGAUCUUGAAAAGUAAAUUAAAGUUCUUAUAUUAGGGUUAAAUAACAAAAAAUUAAUGAAUUAGAAACCAUACAAAAUAAAAUAGAUGAAGUUAAAAAUGCAGAAAUUAAUUCAUCCCGUUUCAUUAUUAAAAAGAACUCCCAUAAACCUACUCUUAGAGAAAAAAAGGAUAAGGCUGCUUCUUUAAUUUAAGCACAUGUUAAAGGCAGAAUGGAUUAUAAAAGAUUUAUAGAAUGGAAAAAAAGAAAAGAAGAUAAAUUAAGAAAACUUAUUAUAAUAUAAAAAUGGUGGAGAAUUUAAUUGAAUCGUCUAGAAAUUUCAAAAAGGUUUCAAAUUAUACAGUAAUCUAAAUAAAUAAAACUUAUUGAUGGAUAUAAUUUUCUUAUAACUACUAAUUAUUCAUAUGUCUUAAAUAGGAUUCGAUUAUUAUUUAUAGAAAGAAUGGGAAUAAUAAGGGGACAUUUUAGAUUAUAUUUAGAUUAAUCAAAUUGUUUAAAACUAUUAAAUGAAGAUAUAACUAACCCAUCAAAUUAAUGUUUAUAUUUAAUAAAUAUAAUCAUCAAUAACUUAAUUUAAUUAAUCUAAGUUUAAGAUGGUCGUCUCAUCUUUAAUUCUUUAAACUCUAAUUUUAUUGAUAUUCCUUAAUUAAUGCAAUAAAUUUGCUUAUAACUAACCCAAAUCAAUAUUAAUUAAUAUUAAAUAAUCAUUAAUUAAGCAGAUUAAUUAAAAGAAUUAGUCAUAUCUAAAGAUCAAUAAUAAAAAUCAUUUGAAAUUCCCCCUACAAUAUCAGGUAAAUCAUAAGUGUUUUAAAUUCAAGAUUAAUUCUAAAUUAAAGAAAUUAAAGAAGAUGAAUAAGAGACUAAUUAAAAUGAAUUAGUAAUUUCUAAUUAAUAAUCUCUUCAUAAUGAUUAUCAAGAAAUUCAUUAAAAAAAUCAACUAUUAACUAAUAAUAUUUAAGCACUCUAAUAAUCAGAAACUGCCAUGCAAAGUAAAAAUGUUGAUUUUGAUUAAAAAGAAUAUUAUUCUUAGGAAAAUUUAAAUUCAAAAUGUUAAAAUGAUCAUAUUGAGAUGUAGGAAAAAAUUGAAUAAAAUGAUUUUGACAAUUCAAAAAUUACAAAUUAAUAAAUUAAUUAAAAUUAAGAUAAUAUUUUUAAAGAAUAAAAUUAAGAAUAAGGUAAUAUUUUUGAAGUAUAAAAUCAAGAAUUAUAAGUAUCUUAAGAAUAAAUAAAUUAAUUUAAUUAAUAAGAAAAAACUGAUAAAGAAGAAUAAUAUUAAUCAAUUCGUUUAGAUAAUUAAAAAAAUGAUUCAACAAUUUAAAAUACUGAUUAAUAAAAAAGUAUUAAAGAAAAUUAAAUAAUACAUUCAAUAUUACCCUAUAAUAUUUAGGAUCCUUUAAAUUCAUAAAUAUUAAAUUAAGAAUAGAAUUAAUUUCAAAAUUUUAUUACUAAUUUAAUUAAUAAUCAAAUAUAAAAUGAUGAAAAUAAAUUAGAAGUAUACUAAUAUUCUAAUUAGAAUAAUCUAAACUUUAUAGAAUCAAAUUCUAAUGUAAAGUUCUGUGAAGGAACUUAAAUAAUCUAGAAUGAAAUGUAAUUUUCUUAAGUGAAUGACCAAGAAAAGUAAUUAGAUGAUUAAGAGAUAAUUAAAAAUAAAUAAAAUAAUUAAGAAUUGUUAAUUUAAAGUAAGAAAUCAGUUGAAGUUGAGGAUGAAAAGUAACAUAAAGAAGAGAUAUAAAAUAUUGAAUAAGAGAAUUUUCAAGAAAUUAAAUAAGAUUAAUAAGAGUAUAUUUAAGAGAAUUUAUAGAUGAAAGAAAGUAAUUAAUAGCCUUAAUAAAUAAUACAAAAUGAUGAAAUUUAGAGUAAUGGAAUUUAAGAAAAUAAAAUAGAAGAAUUUGAAUAGAUUAAAAAUUAGAUAGAUAAACCUUUAGAAAUUUAGCAUGAACAUGAAGAAGAAGAAGAAGAUUAAUAAUAAUAAAUAGUAAAUUCAGAAUACAUUAUUUAAUAAAAUAUUAAUGAGAUAUCAGAAAAGAUUGAAAAAGUAUAAUAAUCAUAGAAUUUUAAGAAGAAAGAACAUGAUCAAAAUUUACAGUAAAUUCCUUCUUAAAUUGAUUUUCAUAUGUUAAAAAGUUGUGAGAGCAAUUUAUAUGAUCCUCCUAAUUCUGGUAAAGAGACAGCAAAAUACUUAAAUUCUUAAGAAUUGUUAAGUAGAACAAAUUUUCUUUCUUAAUUGGGAUAAUUGGGAAAAUUUGAAUAUGAGAAUAAUUCUUUUUUGGGUUCAGGAGAUCUGAAAAAAGAUAUAGAAGGUUUUUUAGCACCUGUAAAUUUAAGAAAUAAAAACAAUAAUCAAUAAGAAUUAUUUUUGGAAUCUAAUACAUUUCCUAAUAGAAAUCCUAGUGAUUUUCGAUCUCCUCUAAUAGAUGAUACAUUUAAAUUAAGCACAACACUUAAAUUUUAAUUUAGUUCUGAAUUAAAAGCUUUUGAGAGUGGACAUUUUAUUUCAUAAUAAUUUGAUAUUAAAAUAUAGUAGUAGGAUUCUCUUGAAUAUUCUAUGGAUGAAUCACAAGAUUUAUAACCAAUCUACAUUACAACAAUUAAAGUUGAUGAUAAUGAUGUAGAUGUAUUUUAGAUAAAAAAUAUGUUAAGAUUAAAAGAUAAAAAAAAUAAUUAUUAAUCAUAUGAUUUCAAAAUUUCAAAAAUACAUUAAUCAAAUUGUGAUUAUAUAAUCUAAAAUCUAUAUGUGUACAUAAUAAAUAAUCGUAUAAAUUGUAUUGAGGGCAGUUAGAUAGUAAGAAUUUAAAGAUACAUAAAAAGAUUUAGAUUUGUUCAAUCAUGUUUAUUAACUUUCGAUAAAGAGUCUACAUUAGUUUGUUUAUUUAAAUCAUGUAAUUUAUGUAAUAAUAUAAAGUUUUUAAGAUAAAGUUAAGUUUUUAUAGAUAAGUUGCAAUUGAGGAAGAUAUAAUAAUUGAGAAAAUGACAAUUAAAUAAAGAAGGAUAUUGGAAAGGAAUUUUUACUCUAUAUGUCCAUAAUUAUUGUUCAUUGAGAAGAAUAAGGAGAAGAUGAUAAUGGCAACAAUAAAUGCUUUAGAAUUUUAAAUUUGA